CAGGAAGGGCGGAGAGAAUGAAGCGCGCAGCGUCUGCCGUGCGCUGAGCUCUGCUCUUCCCCACCGAGCUGGACGGCCGUGGGCGGCCUCUGCAGCCAGGGCCGGCCUCGAACCCUCGGCGAGGGGCCCUCCUGCCGUCGCCCCUCUCCUCAGCCGAGAUGGCGCUUUGGAGAGGCCUUCCGUAAGACCUCGGCCUGCGGUGCCCUCCGAGAUCCUCACACCGCAGCCUCUUCUUUCGCUUCCCGUGCAGUCCUCCCCGCCCUCUGAAGAGAUGGCGUUCGUGGCCCUCAGUCUCACAACCUCGAAAACCCCGCGGGGACAGAGAGCUUAUGCACGAUGCCAUUAGUCGGCGGCCUCUCCGGAGCCCUGAGCAGUGCUGGGUAGGAAGGAAGAACUUGAUAAUAAAUACUGAAUGAGCAGAGCGCGGAGGGGGACGGGCGCCGUCCUUGGAGGUUGCCGACACGCAGUCAAGGCGGGCCGAAACCGGACCACUUCAGCGCCCUCUGCGGGCCAGGGAGGAUAGGCGCCUUGAGAAUAACCCCAGGACGCGGUAGGGGGCGCCCGCGCGCUUCUCGUCCAGGCCGAGGGUUUGGACUACAGCUCCCAGAAGCCUCUGGGGCCGGGCAACCUCGCUCUUUCCCGCCUUCCCGCCCAGCCUCCGCUCAGGAUGCGGGAGCCUAUCGGAAGGAGGCCCGGCUCCCGCGAGAGCGAGAAGCACUAGCGGCGCUCUGCUCGCGGCGCAGGGCUCGCCGGCGUCUGCGUUCGUUUGCGGGGCUCCCGGAAGUGGGGAGCGGGGUCGGUGCGGCGCUGCGCCCGCGUCCCUGGAGCUGCGCUGCAGCGUGGCCUCGCGCGGUAGCGCGCGUGGGGGCUUGCCCGGCCCUGCCCGCCGCGGGCUCGCUCUACGGAAUGAAGACGUCGGAGGAGCGACUCCUAGCCCCGGACAGCCUCGCUGCUGACCAGGCUCCGGCCCCAGCGCCCCAGGCUUCCCCCGUGGAUACAAAUGCAGACUCUGAACUGGUGCCACCGCCGUGCGCUGGAGGCCACCAGCCCCCGGCAGCCACCGAUGCCGUGGCUGGCCCGGCUGUGUCCCAGGAGCCGCAGCAGGGGGACCCAGCCUCUCCGUCCGCUCCCGUGGAAGUUGGUACUCUCGGUGUGUCGAGUCCUCGAAUCGAGGAGCAAGGACUUUCUGGAAACGCGAGUCCUCCUGUAGAAGACAGGAUCCGGCCUGAGCUGGCGUCCGAAGAAGCCGUGGAAGGAGUGUCUGAGGAGCCGGCUGCGGUGGAUGAGGGGGACAUCUUCUGGAGCUACUGCUUCUCGCAGGCGCCCCGGUACCUCAGCGGGUCCUGGUCCGAGUUCGGCACCCACCCCGAGAACUUCUUGAAAGGUUGUAAGUGGGCCCCCGAUGGCUCCUGUAUCUUGACCAAUAGUGCUGACAAUGUCCUCCGGAUUUACAACCUGCCCCCGGAAUUGUACAGCGAAGGAGAGCAGACGGAAUAUGCAGAGAUGGUUCCUGUCCUCCGAAUGGUGGAGGGUGACACCAUCUAUGAUUACUGCUGGUAUUCUCUGAUGUCCUCCUCCCAGCCAGACACCUCCUAUGUGGCCAGCAGCAGCCGCGAGAACCCGAUUCACAUCUGGGACGCCUUCACGGGAGAACUCCGGGCUUCCUUCCGAGCAUACAACCACCUGGACGAGUUGACAGCGGCCCACUCACUCUGCUUCUCCCCGGAUGGUUCCCAGCUCUUUUGUGGCUUCAACCGGACUGUGCGUGUGUUUUCCACGUCCAGGCCCGGCAGAGACUGCGAGGUUCGAGCCACAUUUGCCAAGAAGCAGGGCCAGAGCGGCAUCAUCUCCUGCAUGGCCUUCAGCCCGUCCCAGCCCCUCUACGCCUGCGGCUCCUACGGCCGCACCCUAGGCCUGUACGCCUGGGACGAUGGCUCGCUUCUCGCCUUGCUGGGAGGCCAUCAGGGGGGAAUCACCCACCUUUGCUUUCACCCUGAUGGCAACCUCUUCUUCUCAGGAGCCCGAAAGGAUGCUGAGCUUCUGUGCUGGGAUCUCAGGCAGCCGGGCCACCUCCUGUGGUCCCUGAGUCGGGAAGUGAGCACCAAUCAGCGUAUCUACUUUGAUCUGGACCCGAGUGGGCAGUUCCUGGUGAGCGGCAACACCAGUGGCAUUGUCUCCGUGUGGGACAUCAGCAAGGGUUUCAGCGACAGCAAGCAGCUGGAACCUGUGAUGACCUUUCUGCCCCAGAAGGACUGCACCAACGGACCUUCACCCCAGCUUGCCUCUGCUGGCCACUGCUUCCGGCCAACGCGUGUUUCCAGAGCCCACCAGUAGUGGGGAUGAAGGCGAGCCGGAGCCAGACCGUCCUCUGCUUUCCCUGUGCCAUGCCCACCCUGAAAGCCAGCUUCAGCUCUGGUGGUGCGGAGGGGGACCAGACCCCAAUAGCCCUGAUGACCAGGAUGAGAAGGGGCGGGGAAGGAUGGAGGGCUGUGAGCCAAUAUAAAGAGUUUGUCUCACACUGGA